CUAGAGGAAAGAAAGGCCGUUCAAAUUGUUCAAAUUCCACUUAAGUUGAUCAACUUUUGAACAAACACUCGGUUUCGAUUCUCUCAAAGAUUUGAUCUUGAUCCACCGCUUGGGAAAAAAAUAACAAAAAUGAGUUUCAGCAUAAAGCAAUCAGCUUUAGCGACAUGCAUGGAUCUCUCAAAUUCUAUUGUUAACAGAAGAUCACAGUCAACGAUGUACAGAUCUUCGUUUUCACCAGCUUUGGUUCUCCAAAGAACUCAUCUUUCGGUGUCGAAGCCUUUGCAUAUCUCAUCUAUUGAGAUUAUCGGUAAGGAGAAAAGGCCGGUGAUCCCAUGCAAGGCUUAUGAAGCUGACAAGUCGCAGCCUUUAGAGGCAGCUGCGGAAGUGAAACCCGAAACCGCGAAACGGGUGAAAAUUGGGAUUUAUUUCGCAACUUGGUGGGCUUUGAAUGUUGUUUUCAAUAUAUAUAACAAGAAGGUUUUGAAUGCUUACCCUUACCCUUGGUUGACUUCAACUUUGUCCCUUGCCUGUGGUUCUUUGAUGAUGUUGAUUUCAUGGGCUACAAGGAUUGCUGAGGCCCCAAAAACAGAUUUUGAGUUUUGGAAGACUCUGUUUCCGGUUGCUGUAGCACAUACAAUUGGACAUGUAGCAGCAACUGUGAGUAUGUCUAAGGUUGCAGUUUCAUUCACCCACAUAAUCAAGAGUGGUGAGCCAGCUUUCAGUGUGUUGGUUUCUAGGCUCUUGCUCGGAGAGACCUUCCCUCCAGCGGUGUACCUGUCCCUUGUUCCGAUCAUUGGUGGUUGCGCUCUUGCUGCUGUUACCGAACUUAACUUCAAUAUGACUGGUUUUAUGGGUGCUAUGAUAUCGAACUUGGCAUUUGUCUUCCGUAACAUAUUCUCCAAGAAAGGCAUGAAAGGGAAAUCCGUUAGCGGGAUGAACUACUACGCUUGUUUAUCUAUGUUGUCGCUUCUGAUACUCACACCUUUUGCGAUUGCCGUAGAGGGACCGCAGUUGUGGGCUGCAGGAUGGGAAAAGGCCUUAUCUGAAAUUGGACCACAGUUCGUCUGGUGGGUGGCAGCACAGAGUAUUUUCUAUCAUCUCUACAACCAAGUCUCCUACAUGUCCCUUGAUCAGAUCUCUCCCUUGACAUUUAGCAUUGGUAACACCAUGAAACGUAUUUCCGUUAUAGUCUCAUCCAUCAUCAUCUUCCACACACCUGUCCAACCCAUCAAUGCUCUUGGAGCUGCCAUUGCCAUCCUUGGAACCUUCUUGUAUUCUCAGGCAAAAGCAUGAGAAAGCCGGGGCCUCAAGAUUUUCAAUUCAUCAUGUAAAACACAGCUGAUGAAAGGGAAAAACUAGCUCGGAUUAGUUAAUAAGCUUAGCGUCUUUCAUAUGAUGAUUGCUGGAUUUUCGUGUACCAGCUUGUCAUAUUGUAUAACAAUGGUGAUUAUAUAUGAUGUUCAUACGGUGAAUUAGGCAUGUUUCUUUAUCUAUAUUUGGAUGUGGCUGCUAGGGAUCAGUCUGAAUAAACAAGAUUUAAUGUUGUGAGCCUUGUGUACGUCGGCAGACAUGAGCAAUGUAUUUCUUCAUUUUGGUCUUGUUUU